GUCUCAUCCGCCUCUUAGCUUUAGCAUUAGCUUCAGCGUUUAGCUCCUGCACGUGAACUCUGCUGGUUUUAUCUAUUUUAAACAUCAGUCAGGGACAAAUCAACACGUGCGUGUGUUUGAAUUCUCAAUCCGAAGAUAACACGUGGUUUCUGUUUCCGGAUCUUUUCGUUUUCCACCUUUAACGCGCGUAUAACCCGACGAAGCUAAUGCUAACCGGCUAGCAGCUAACCCUGUCAGGGCAGAAAGUUAAAGUGAAGUUUAAAGUCUCAAUGAAUUCAUCUGAAAAUUCAUAAGUAUGAGAAGUUUCCUCGGUUUUAAAACUCAGCGGCUGCUCAGCGGAGUCUUCAGCUCAGCAGCAGCAGUGCGAUGGCGAGCAGCUCAGACCAGACUCCUCUGCAGCUCCUCGCCGGAUGAAGACAAACGCCGACCGUCCAUGCUGAGACACCUGACCUCCAAAUUAAAAGCCACAGGUCCGAUUUCGGUGGCCGAGUACAUGAGGGAGGUUCUCACCAACCCUGUGACGGGUUAUUAUGUGAGGAACAACAUGCUCGGACCAGACGGGGAUUUUAUCACCUCACCUGAAAUCAGUCAGAUCUUUGGAGAGUUGCUCGGCGUCUGGAUCCUCAGCGAGUGGAUGGGAGCAGGUCGACCCAACCAGCUGCAGCUGGUGGAGCUCGGACCUGGAAAAGGAUCGUUGGCCAGCGACGUCCUCAGGGUGUUCGGUCAGUUGCAGUCAGUUCUGUGUGACGCCUCGGUGUCCCUCCACCUGGUCGAGGUGAGUCCGGCUCUGAGUCGGCUGCAGGCCCAGACUCUGACCAGGGACAGCAGCCGGGAGGCGGACGCAGAGGACGAGCUGGUUUACCGCCGCGGGGAAACUGCAGCCGGCCUCCCGGUGUCCUGGUACCGCCGCUUAGACGACGUCCCCACAGGUUUCAGCAUCUUUAUCGCUCACGAGUUCUUCGACGCUCUGCCCAUCCACAAGUUUCAGAGGACGGAGAAAGGCUGGAGGGAGGUUAUGGUGGACAUCGACCCGGAGAAGUCCGAUCAGCUGAGGUUCGUCGUGACUCCGUCUCCCACGCUGGCCUCGUCCACAUUCGUUCGUGCCGAUGAAAGGCGGGAUCAUGUGGAGGUGUGUGCAGAGGGCGGGGUCAUCGUCCAGCAGCUGGCCCGGAGGAUCGUGGAGGACGGCGGCGCGGCGCUGAUCGCCGACUACGGCCACGAAGGAACCAAGACGGACACGUUCAGAGGUUUUAAAGGUCACCGGCUCCACGACGUCCUGGCCUCCCCCGGCUCGGCCGACCUCACCGCCGACGUCGACUUCAGCUACCUGCGGAGCAUAGCUGGAGGGGGGGUGGCCUGUUUGGGACCUGUCACUCAGAGGACGUUCCUGAAGAACAUGGGCAUCGACACACGGAUGCAGGCUCUGCUGAGGAACUGCAGCGACCCGUCCACCAGGAAGCAGCUGAUCAGCAGCUACGACAUGCUGACCAACCCCGAGAAGAUGGGCGAGCGCUUCCACUUCUUCAGCCUGCUGCACCACAGCCGCCUCGCCAAACCCAAGAGAGCGACGGGGAUGAAGCUGGAGAAGACGAGCCCGGCGCCGCUGCCCGUGGCCGGAUUCACUGAGCUCAGCUUCUCCUAGAGCGUCAGAAACAUCCGGAAACAACUGGACACUUGUCAGAUCUUUUCUAGUCAAGUUGUCGCGGCUGGUGAAGUGAACCAUCCACCCCUCUUUCACCACCGUGGAGCCGGUCCGCUUCGUGUGUUUGAUGGACUGAACCACUCGCAUCAGGGGGAUGUUACUGCUGGUGCACGGGCUGCGUCAACACAAACAUCACACACUCAUCAACACACUGACUCAAUUCUGAAAGCAGCUGAAUUUAUAAAAGUUUUGUGAGCAGA